AAUUCCAAGAAGUCACGGACUUUAGGUUAUAAAAUCGCCCUCCUCUUCUCUUUCUCUCAACCAUUGUUUUCUCGUUCAUUGUCAAAGACAAAAAAACAGAAGAAGAAAAAAGAAAAAAGAAAAAAUCUUUCCUGAAGAUGGCUGAAGCUAAGAGCAAGUUUGAAUCUGCUAGGGAAUGGGUCACCGAGAACAAGCUAAGAACUGUUGGUUCUCUAUGGCUUAGCGGUAUUGCUGGUUCAAUCGCCUACAAUUGGUCUAAACCCAACAUGAAAACAAGUGUCAGGAUUAUUCAUGCUAGGUUGCACGCACAGGCGCUUACGCUGGCUGCACUAGCUGGUGCUGCUGUGGUUGAGUACUAUGAUCAUAAAGCUGGAGCAAAGGCUGAUAAAUAUGCUGGAUACAUCCCAUACAAGGACUUCAAAUGAAAGCCAGAAUGAAAAAAUAUAUAUAUAUUUGUCAAGACCUUUUGAGGCCUGCAAUGAUUCAAUGAUUAAUAUGAAUAAUUGUUUUCACGAGGGGCAUGAGUUUUACCAUUCUGGUUGUUUUGUAUUAUUCAGUACUGAUAUUGUGUUACAUUGAUGGCAAGGAAAUUAAAUUGAGACAAUUAUUUUUUUUGGUGUA